AGGCAUGCCAGUGUGUAUUUUGUCUGACUUAUUAUAAUAACUGCCAAUUAUUUGAGCGUAGCACUCGCUAACGCCCCCCUGGGUCAACUUGACAGCAUCGUUUUCUGCCAGUGUGGUCUAUGCUUCCUAGACAGACAUGUGACAUCACGUUAGAAGUCGACCAUGGCAUGUCUGACAUGAUAGAAUAGGGGAAAAUGGUCUCCUCCCAUUUUGUGUGGAAGUGGUAGGUUUUUGUCUAUUUGCGUUGACAAAUUUGAGGCAUAAGAGUUGCACCGUGUGUUGUAAACUAUGAAUAAUAGGACUGCAAAGUUGACUAUGGGCAUGUUAUUUAAUGUCUAUAAGGCUCUAAUAUUAAAAAUUUAAUAUAGAAAGUCGUAACUAUGGAAAUUUGCAAAUAUGCAAAAACUUAUAUUGCAAAAAUGUUAUUGCCGGAUCAGGAACCAAUUAACCACUACAAACAAAUGCUGACUGUAUAUUGUAUUAUAUUAGAAAUAUUCUAGAUAUAUUAAAAAUGUAAACAAUUAAAAAAAUGAACAGAAGGGCUUAAAACUGCAUCAUCUUGCAAAAAACACGUAUAAAUAUGUCUUUGGGAGCAAAUGACUUAAUUCCAAAUGUGUAAUUUUAGCGACCUUUCACAAAAGAAGUGCCACAAGGCAUGCUGGGAAGCCAGUUUUAACUCAACCAGUACAUAAAGCAUUGUUUUAUUUAUGUAUUUCUUAAACACAAAAGUGCCAGAUUUGGUUAAUUUUUUUUUUUUUAGAAAAUCCCUUUAUGUUUGAAAUAUUAGCACUUUUCAGUGUAAACAUCAGUUGAAAUAAAACUUGUUAAAGUGGCAUUAUGUUUAAAACAGACUCAAAUAUGAAUCAUCAGGAGGACUGACCACUUUUGAGGCUGAGGUGUGUGUUUGUGUGUGUGUGUGUGUGUGUGUGUGUGUGUGUGUGUGAGAGUCAGUGUUGAAUGGGCCCUGCAGUCACAUGGCUACUUGUCAGCAGGCUUCCAGGAGGAAACUUAAUCCAGCGGAUGAAGGCGGCCGCUAUCAGUGGACGCACGUCGGUCCGAGAGGCUGGACGUCACUCGCUGCACAUCUUCUCUAUCUCACUCUUUCUCUCUCUCUCUUUCUCUCUCUUUCUCUCUCUCUUGUGUUUGCAUUCGUCCCUACACUCUGACCAGAAGGGGCUCGCUCCUGCCUGCAGAGAUCACGGCUGCACUACUACCACCAUGUCUGCGCUGGCUUCUCUGCAGUAAGCAAAUCAAGGUUAUGCUGCCCAAAAGUUGCCUGAGUCCCAGCGAGAAAGAGAAGGGCUAACGCCGCACCCGAUCCCGAGCAGCUUCCCAGAGCCCGUCCUGUGCGGAGCCAUGAGCAACCCCAGCACUCCAAAGCAGAUUAGGGAUGCCGUGCCGUCGCCGGAGGCGCCGUCUUCGCUCAGGGCCGCGCAUCCAGAGGAGGAGGAGGACGACGGCGACCUGAACAGAGCGUUGGGCGUGCAGCGUUUCCAGCAGAUCCUCAGCCCAUCGGCGGCGGUGCCGGACGAGCAGCACCACAACUACCACGAGGAGGACAUUGAAUACCACCGUCACUCCUCCCAUCACAUCCAUCGACCUCUGUCCAAGUUGCCACAAGAGGGGCGCCGCAAGAAGGGCAGCAAGAAGAAAAGGAAGGACAAGGAUCAGCGAAGCGGGCAUGGCUCCAUCGGCGGGCCCUUCGAGGAGGGGGAAGAUGAAGAGGAAGAGGAGGAGGAAGUGGAGACGGGCGCCGCCCCCUCUGAGGCUGUGAGGGUCAAAGAUGUGGAGUUCUUCCUGUCCGAUGACGACCAUCUAGGCAGCCCGGUUCGAGAGAUACACCUCGUUCCCAUGUCCGGCGUGGGAUCGAACCACGACGAUGCCACAUCCACAGACAAGCCAGAGUUAUUGGACUCCGCCGUCCACUGUCCUCCGUCGGACCACCCGCUGCUAGCCCGGCUGUCCUCCACCGGCCGCAACUACGACCUGCAGGAGCGACGCCGCACGGGGAACAUGACUGGCGCCGAGCAGGCCAAGUACCAGCGCAUCCCCACGGACGAGAGCGAGGCUCAGACGCUCGCCUCCGCCGACCUGGAUGGCAUUAAGAGUCACCGCUUCGAAGAUGUCCCCGGCGUCCGCAGACACCUGGUCAGAAAGAGCACUAAGGGUCAAGUGGUGCACAUCGGCAAGGACCACAAGGAGUCCACCACUCGCAGCCGCAAGCAGGACCGCACCCCACACGAGCCGGUACCUGUGGUUCUUUACCGCUCUGCCUCACGGCCCGAAGGCGUCCUGUUGGACAUGGGCACCGGCCAAGUGCCCGUAAGGUACAAGAAGGUGUUCGUGGAGUUGAACGAGCUGACCAUGGACAAGAACCAGGAGAUGCAGUGGAAGGAGACGGCCCGGUGGAUCAAGUUUGAGGAGGACGUGGAGGAGGAGACGGACCGCUGGGGGAAGCCGCACGUGGCCUCGCUGUCCUUCCGUAGUCUGCUGGAGCUCCGCAAAACCAUCUCGCACGGUGCCGUGCUCCUGGACCUGGACCAGAAGACCCUCCCUGGCAUCGCCCACCAGGUGGUGGAGAAGAUGAUCAUUUCUGACCAGAUCAAAGCAGACGACCGGGCAAACGUCCUGAGGGCCCUGCUGCUCAAGCACAGCCACCCGAGCGACGACAAGGAACACAGCACCCCCUUCCCAAGGAACAUCUCGGCCGCCAGCCUGGGCAGCCUCAUGAGCCACCACCACAACACCAACCACGCCCAUCAAACUGAGCCGUCCGUCACCAACCCUCUCAUGGGCGGCGGGGACGCGGACACAUGGAUCGACAUGGAGAGGAACGACUUGCAGAAGGAGCCAAGCAUCGUGUCGGGCAUGCACAAGUCCAAGUCCAAACAUGAACUCAAGCUCCUGGAGAAGAUUCCGGAAAACGCAGAAGCCACUGUUGUCCUCGUGGGUAGCGUGGACUUCCUGGAGCAGCCCACUAUGGCGUUUGUGCGGCUGCAGGAGGCUGUGGAGCUGGAGUCGGUCCUGGAGGUGCCCGUGCCGGUCCGCUUCCUGUUUGUGCUUCUGGGGCCCGCCACCACCAGCAUGGAUUACCACCAAAUUGGACGCUCCAUAUCCACACUCAUGUCAGACAAGCAAUUCCACGAGGCAGCCUACCUGGCGGACGACAGACAGGAUCUCCUGAACGCCAUCAACAGCUUCCUGGACUGCAGUAUUGUGUUGCCACCAUCAGAAAUGGGCGGGGACGAGCUCCUGCGUUCUGUCGCUCGUUUCCAGCGAGAGAUGAUGCGCAAGAGGGAGGAGGGCAAGCUAGCCGAGGAACCCAAGAGCCUGGAGGAAAAGGAAGCCCUCAUCGCCCCUUUCAAGAAGUCAGACGACCCUUUACAACGCACCGGGCGCCCCUUUGGCGGCCUUGUACGAGACAUACGCCGCCGCUACCCAAAGUACAUCAGCGACUUCAAAGACGCCCUGAACAGCCAGUGCAUGGCCGCCGUCAUCUUCAUCUACUUUGCCGCCCUCUCUCCAGCCAUCACCUUCGGAGGACUCCUGGGGGAGAAGACGGAUGGUCUGAUUGGCGUGUCGGAGCUCAUCGUGUCGACAGCGGUGCAGGGCGUCAUCUUCUGUCUGCUGGGAGCACAGCCUCUUCUGGUUGUGGGUUUCUCUGGUCCCCUUUUGGUUUUUGAAGAAGCCUUUUACACUUUCUGCAAAGCCAACGACAUGGAGUACCUGACGGGCCGCGUCUGGAUCGGCUUUUGGCUCAUCGUCAUCGUACUCGUCACGGUGGCCUUCGAGGGCAGCUUCCUGGUGCGCUUCGUCUCUCGCUUCACGCAGGAGAUCUUCUCCUUCCUCAUCUCCCUCAUCUUCAUCUGCGAGACCUUCCUGAAGCUCGGCAGGACUUUCCAGGACCAUCCGCUGAGGCGCUGCCCCUUGAACCCGCUCGUACCCUUGAACGACACCGCGGCGAACGCCACCGUUGUAAACGUCACAGCUCUGCCAAGCAGUACCAGCGUACCCGAGACGACAACGGCCGGCGUGACCGACCAGCCCAACACGGCGCUGCUCUCGCUGGUGCUCAUGGCGGGGACCUUUUUUAUCGCCUUCUACCUGCGCAAGUUCAAGAACAGCGCCUUCUUCCCCGGACGGCUGCGCAGGGUAAUUGGGGACUUCGGGGUACCGAUUGCCAUCCUCAUUAUGGUCUUGGUGGAUUACAGCAUUGAUGACACAUACACACAAAAACUGAACGUUCCCAGCGGUUUCUCAGUGACCAAACCCGACAAGCGGGGAUGGAUCAUCAGUCCGCUGGGAACCGAGCGAGAGUUCCCCAUCUGGAUGAUGUUUGCCUGCUGCUUACCCGCCUUGCUGGUUUUUAUCCUCAUCUUCAUGGAGACGCAGAUCACCACCCUGAUCGUGAGCAAAAAGGAGCGCAUGCUGGUGAAAGGUUCCGGCUUCCAUCUGGACCUUCUCCUCAUCGUGGUGCUGGGCGGCACCUCGGCUCUCUUCGGCCUGCCGUGGAUGGCCGCCGCCACCGUGCGCUCGGUGACCCACGUCAACGCCCUCACCGUCAUGAGCAAGGCCGUCGCCCCCGGAGACAAGCCCCGCAUCCAGGAGGUGAAGGAGCAGAGGGUGACGGGGCUCCUGGUGUCCAUCAUGGUUGGCUUGUCCAUCGUGAUCGGGGACCUCCUGCGUCAGAUCCCGCUGGCGGUGCUGUUUGGUAUCUUCCUGUACAUGGGGGUGAUGUCACUCAACGGCAUUCAGCUGACCGAGCGCAUCAUGCUGCUGCUCAUGCCGCCAAAGUACCACCCUGACCACAGCUAUGUCCGCAAGGUGCGAACCCUGCGCAUGCACCUGUUCACCUGCAUCCAAGUGGUGUGUCUGGCCGUGCUGUGGGCCGUCAUGUCCACUCAGGCGUCGCUGGCCUUCCCCUUCGUGCUCAUCCUCACCGUGCCCGUCAAGAUGUUCCUGCUCCCGCGUAUCUUCAACGGGCGGGAGAUGCUUUGUCUGGAUGCCGACGACGCGGAACCCACGUUCGACGAGCGCGAGUGUCACGACGAGUACUCUGAGAUGCACAUGCCCGUGUAGCCAACCAAUGGGACUCCUCCUGGACUCGUAAAAAAAGCUAUGUGACCCUCUACUCCUCUUUCUCCUACUCAUGAGCAUCACUUAUUAGUGACAAAACCAGCCAAGAGAGGGCGCUAAAAGGCCUCUCUCAAGAACCACAAGUCAUUAUGUAUUGUAUGUUUUUAUUAUUCAUAUUAAGUCGUAUUUCAGGGGGAUUCCACAUGACCUGACAACGCUAUUACGCUAAAUCAAGUUGCAUAGUGAUUCUUUUAGCCCUGAAACGUUGCUCUGAUUCACAUUGAAUAUGUGAUGAAUAUACAGGAUUAUACAUCCUUUAUAUGUUCACUCUUACUGCUGUUAAUUUUUUGUUUUUUUAAGCUCACCGAGUGCCUUAUAUGAAGGAACUAGAAAUGUACUGAGAGGAUUUCCAUCCUCCUCCUCCUUGCUCUGUCUUAUUUUGACAGCCUUUCACUUUACUUAACCCGCCUUUUGAAGAAGGUAGUAGCACUUUUUUUUUUUAGUGACGACACCAAAUCAGAUCAGUGACUGUAACUCAAUGUGAUUGUUUAAAAUAUGUCAUAAAUUAUUAUUUUAUGACUGACUAACUGUCUUUUUUUUUAACCGCGGCCUUCUUUUCUGAGAUGAUUACUAGAAUAACCAGCAGAGGGCGAUAUACUUGCCUGCUUCAAUUAUUUGUAGUCUUUUUCUUCCACACUUAAAACAGUUAUAUAUGGAGUUAUAUAUAUAUGAAACACUUAGAGGAUUAAUGUAGAAUUGGUUUGUUUGCGGAGGGAAAAAAAUGUCGUUUUUGUCGCUAUAGUGCCAAACUCUUAUAACCUUGCCUCCUUGUGUAAAUUUAACAUUCCGACAUGAAUCACUGGCGACUCAUUGUAUAAAAACAACCCCGCUCGACCACAAGGAAAUGACUGUGUGGUGACAAUCUCAAAUUGCAUUACCGAGAGGGAAGGCUCUUUAAAAGUGUGUGUUUUCUUUUGAGUGUGUGUCAUGGUAGCUUUGACUGUGUUUAAACAAAAAAAAAACAAAUGUCCUGUUACUCUCAAGUGUCGAUGUUUGUGAUCUUGUGCCGGUUUGCUGUGACAAAUUUGCACAAAAUCUCAAGUGCCUGCGGGGACCAGCAAGUGAUGAACUUCAAGCAUCCAAUAAAUUCAUAGCUGUUAUUUAUCUAUCGCAAUGUGAGGCAUUACUGCUGUUGUAUGGAACGUACACACACACACACACAUAUACACUGAUGAAGGGGAUUAUUUUUGUUUGCUUGUGUUACCUGUGGGUGACGUGAAGGUGCUCUGUGUGGUGUCAGGAUGAUGAACACAGAGUCCGCUAUUGACGUACCCUUGUACAUUUUAACGGUUCAAAUAUUGAUGACAAAUAAAAGCUAUUUUCUAUUUA